UUUUCUGAGAUGUUUGCUACCAAGAGGAGGUGCUAGAGUGUGAGCGGCGCAUAGCACACCUUCCUCAUGUGCUCACUUGGCAACCGGCACCUGGAGCACUAGUCACUGUCUGAGAGCAGCCUCAGGUACCGGCGGCGAGCGGGCGGCACCAGGCCAUGAGCCUCGGCGCUACACCCAUUGCACGUGCAGGCAAGUACAAUUUACGGAGAAAUAUGAGACCCGCCAGAACAGUGUCUUGUGACAAUUAAUUUCCCAGAUUAUACAAAACUUGAGCAAAGAUCUCGUCUGAAUACAUUAUGAUAUCCAGCUGAACAUGAUGAUGUAAGGUCAUAGAGGACAAAGGGUGAGGGGCGUGGGAACGUUACGACUACACAGGGUGCGAACAUCACUCCGUCAGCGCCCACGACGACGCCGGCGGGAGACGUGUGGAGGAUUGCAAACCGCGCACAGAAGGCAAAACAUUUAGACAAGUUCUGGAAGGAAACGAAACGUCGGGCUGCUACUCGACUCCGCCCACCCCGGCGCCGACCAAUAAGCAGGACGGUGCGGGUAGUGACGACCAAUGGGGAAUCGUCCCCGCCCUGUACACACACGGACGCACACAUGGCCCGCACCCGCAUAUUACGUUUACACAUUUUGUUAAAAGUUGUGUUUGUAUUGCGUGUGUGUGUGUCUCUGUGCGGGUGUGCGCACCGGCUGAUUGGUGAGCGACACUCGGUGACGACUGCCCGGCCGCGCCGCACCACUGCGCCGCCGACGCUCGCACGGCCUGCACGUCCGCCUGCCACCCGCUCCUGCCGCGACCUGCCGCCCGCAGCCGCCCACGCCGCCCGCGCGCCCACGGCCUGAACUCUCCACGACAGUUUUAGUUGUUAUUACGUGACGUCGAUUUUCUGAGAGACACUGGUGCGCUUAUCAUAGUUGGUGGAGACUGUGUUAGUUGUGCUGGGACUGGCGAGGCACCAGCAUGGAGGACAGCUCUGCCCACGACGACAGCAGAAGUGUUCGCUCCGGGGGGUCCGCUAGCGGGCGGUCUCCCCCGCCUCUCUCUCCCGUCAUCACCAGCAUGGUAGGUUGUGUGUCCCCCAGCAGCCCGCCGCCACCCCUCAUGGCCGCGCCGCCCCUCUCUGUGCCCGGACCGUCACCGCCCGGAGGCCACUCGCCGCCAAUCUUCCCCUCCCCGCCGCCCACCUCCCGGCCGCCGCCUUUCCUUCCCGCUCUGUAUUUCUCCCACGCAUACAACUCCCCACCACCCAUCCACACAUCUGACCCAACAGCCAACGACUGCAAGCUGGUGGAGUAUCGCGGCCAGAAAGUGGCGGCGUUCAUCAUCAACAAUGAGACAAUGCUUUGCCUGCCGCAAGCCUUUGAGCUCUUCCUCAAGAACCUAGUGGGCGGCCUCCACACUGUCUACACUAAACUGAAGCGGCUGGGCAUCGAGCCGCUGGUGUGCAACGUGGAGCAGGUGCGGGUGCUGCGGGGCCUUGGAGCCAUUCAGCCCGGCGUCAACAGGUGCAAGCUCCUCGCAGUGAAGCACUUUGACAUCCUCUACAAGGACUGCACCACCGCCAGAUGGAGGGACCCUGUUUACAGAUGUAGAGACAAGGCUUCAGGCUAUUUUCGAGUGUCCGGAUCGCGGCCUCGUAUGCUAGCGGGGCCCCUCCCUCCACCUGGGGUCCAACCAGGGGGGCCCCAACACGGGGUGGGCCAACCCGGGCCAGGGGGGGCCCAUCCCACCCUUCCCAGCGUAGUGAUGCCUGGACGACCACCGAAACGCCCCCAUGAGAUUCUUGGCAUGGGCGGCCUGCCUGGACCCAUGGGACCAGGUAACUUGCCUCCUCCGCAUCUUUCCCCGGAGGCCCUGAUGGCUCUCAAGAAGACUCGUAUGGACGCCAGGGACUUCCCGCCCUUCAUGAAUGGAGGCGUGCCUGUUGUCUUCCCGACCAUUCCAGACGGCGACAUGGAGAAGUCUCCUCUUCUGUCCAACGGGUACAACCCUCCACCCAAGGGUCUGAUGGCACAGUACAUGGCACUCAAUGGCGGCAUGCCCCACCCCGCCCUACUAGCACACACGGGGCUGCCAUUGCCACCCCAUCCUGCACCCUGGGCCGCACACGCCGCCGACCAUCCCUUCAAGAACGGACCUCACCCCGACAACCUGGCACGCCCGCCGCCUCACGCUGGCCUCCUCUGCUUCAGGUCGAUGGUGUGGGAGAACUGUCGGGCUUCAUACGACGAGGUCCUAAAACAUCUGGAGAGGAUACGCGAGGACAGAAACAGGGCUGAUCGAAUGCUGGGUUUAGAGAGGGAUGAGGCUGCAGACCGCCCAGCAUCUCCGCACAAAACAAACGGCUACGGGGAGGGUGAUGCGCUCAACCUUAGUAGCAAGAGUGACUCUCGCGAUGACUUGAGCGACGCCCCCACCCCAAGAGACGACAAGGACGAGGCACUCUCUGACGCUGACGACCUCGACGACAAAAAUGACUUGAGUGACCGAGAGGAAUUCGACUACUCGGACCGCCCAUCGCUACACUUCUCGAGCAGCAACAAUAACAACAACAAUACCAUCACCAACACCCUCACUUCCACGGCCAACAACAACACUCCCGGCGGUGGCGUCAGCCAGCUGGUGGGGAGCGUAGGGAAUCUGCUCUCCGGGAAUAUCAAUUGCAACAGCAGCAGCAAUAGUAGCAGCAGCAGCAACAGCAGUAGUGUAGCCACGCCCACUACGUCACAGUGUUCCGCCCUUCUACCCGUCGGGGACGACCGUCUGCCUCCAGGCUUGAGUGGGCUGGCGGGCCUCAGCAUGGGAGGUGGACCCGAGGUAACGCCCUCGCCGCACCACCCGCCUCUCUCUUCCCUUGAAAACCUCCUGGGCAACAUUCAGAACCUCCUGAAAGUAGCAGCAGAGAGCGUGAGGCACGAGGAAAAGCAGUGGAUCAGAGAGAAGGAACAUCUUCAGCUAGAAUUCCAGCGGCAGAAAGAGAUGCGGGAGAGACUAGAGAAGCAGCUGAUGGAGGACGAGAAAGUGAAAUUGCUGUACCUCCGCAAGCUGAAGAAGGAGAAGCGGGCGAGGCGGCGCCUGGAGGAGGAGCUGACGGAAAAACUCAAGAGGCUCUCCCAGUACGAGCCCAACGCCAAGGAACUACUGAGAGCCGCUGCCGAGUCCCUGGCUAAGGAAGGCGUGAACAAUGCGGCCGUGGCAGCAGCGGCGGCGGCGGCAGCAGCUGCAGCUUCUGGCGGGUCUUCAGGACAGAAUGAGAACCCGCAUCUCAGCCCCAAGAGCCACCAGGCGCAGCAGCAGCAGGAGCUUCAGGACGGGCGUGCUAACCAGAGCGAGGCCCCACCUGUGUAUUUCAACAAAUCGAUGCUCUUCAACUGCACAGCCUAAACCCAUUAACACAAACCUUCGGGUACAGACCAAGUAACAGAGCGUGGCGUAGUGAGAGUGUGGCUGUAUAACUCUGCCAUUCCCGCUGUCUACUGCUGCCUCCCUCCUCCCCCCUUCAGGCUCCUGGUGGGGGCUUCAAGGACGCUGCUGGCCCGUACCACCACAACCACCACCACCACCCCACGACGACCCUCUGCUCCGACUUCGCCUGGCCGUCAACCUCACCCAGAUGGACGCAUAGCCGUUUACGGCCUCUCAAAUAAGAACCCUUGGUGCACUGGGGGCUGGAGUUUCUCUCUCUCUCUCUCUCUCUCUCUCUCUCUCUCUCUCUCUCUCUCUCUCUCUCUCUCUCUCUCUCUCUCUCUCUCUCUCUCUCUCUCUCUCUCUCUCUCUCUCUCUCUCUCUCUCUCUCUCUCUCUCUCUCUCUCUCUCUCUCUGUUCCUUUCUCUCUUGCUGGGUGCCACAAGAACUCUGCAGAGUAAGUCAUCCGUCAUCCCGAUGUGAACAUGAACCUUCACAAGACUCGGUGGAUCGCCCUGGUGCUCCCCAUCGCUGAAAAGAGGGCGAGGAGCAGCCACACACACACAAAAAAAAAAAACAGUGCAGAGAAACCAGUGUGUGCAGGGGCGGUUGUUGGUUGGUUAACGCGACAGACAACCCGCUCGCCUCCUCCUCCUUGGCUGCAGUGGGAGCAAUGGGCGCCGCAGGUACUGGCUUGCCCAAAAGUCGUGAUGUUCCCCGCGCACGACACCCUGAUGUCCGGACUCGACCUGCCAGUACCGGGAAUCUAGGCUGCCAAUUACGUGAUCUUUUUUUCACUCUCUCUGGUGUGUAUGUGUGUGUGUGUGUGUGUGUGUGUGUGUGUGUGUGUACACGAGCGCGCGGCCAACAUUUUUCACUCGUACAUGCCACGCAUUUACGCUAAAAACUGAAACGGCACACAAAAAUCCCGUUAAAAGACAGAGAGACAAAAAAUGAUUCAUGUACAUAGUUCUUUUUUUCUUUCUUCAGUGAUGGUCAGUGAUGGUGAACAAUAUUGAAGAAAGGUGAGUGAGAAGUUAAAGGAAUAUGACCCAGGUAGGAGUAUGUGUGUAUGUGUUUUUUGCUCCUCUGUUUGUUUGUUUGUUUGUUUGUUUGUUUGUGUGUGUGUGUGUGUGUGUGUGUGUGUGUGUGUGUGUGUGUGUGUGUGUGUGUGUGUGUGUGUGUGUGUGUGUGUUUAGUUAAACCUGAAAAAAACUCAGAUGUUUCUGCUUUCUGGAAAAUGAUCUGGCAUUAACUGAUUUGGACUAAGGUGAAGAAUGAUAAAUGACUCUUUAACCCUUAAUUAAUGGUAGACUGUAAGGAACCCAUCUGCUAACUUAAAGACUUGGCAUAAUUCAAAGAAGAAGAAGAAGAAGAAGAAGAAGAAGAAGAAGAAGAAGAAGAAGAAGAAGAAGAAGAAGAAGAAGAAGGAGAAGAAGAAGAAGAAGAAGAAGAAGAAGAAGAAGAAGAAGAAGAAGAAGAAGAAGAAGAAGAAGAAGAAGAAGAAGAAGAAGAAGAAGAAGAAGAAGAAGAAGAAGAAGAAGAAGAAGAAGAAGAAGAAGAAGAAGAAGAAGAAGAAGAAGAAGAAGAAGAAGAAGAAGAAGAAGAAGAAGAAGAAGAAGAAGAAGAAGAAGAAGAAGAAGAAGAAGAAGAAGAAGAAGAAGAAGAAGAAGAAGAAGAAGAAGAAGAAGAAGAAGAAGAAGAAGAAGAAGAAGAAGAAGAAAAAGAAGAAGAAGAAGAAGAUGAUGAUGAUGAAGAAAACAAACAAAAAGAAUGAUGUUCAUCUGCUCAGAAAAGAAAAUGAAAAAAACAAGAAACAGGGAAACAAGAAACAAUGUUGUAACCCCUUUUCUUGGCUUGUUUUGGUUUAACUUCAGUCCCGUCGAAGGCAUUUUUCAGGCAUUUUAAAGCAUAUGUGAACCCCAAUUAGCGUUUACUCUUUACGAUAAGGUGUGAGUGCGUGAGGUGUGUGCGUGUGGUGAGGCGGGGUGGUGACUUUGCCCCGCACUCUCCUGUGAGUUAUGAGGCAGAGGUGACGGAGCAGUAACAUACCACGAGAUUGUUUUGAUACCCUCAUCCUCUUUUUUCCUUAAUACCCUCACUACCCCGCCUUUUAAUCCCACUUCAUUCUCUUAUUAUGUAAUUUAUGUGUUAUUUACCAUUGAUUUCGAAGGGUAUACUGCCGCAGUCUGCUUUGAGAGUAACCUAUUGACCUAAUGCUCUGUGGAAAUACCAGUUAUAUUAGAUAGAUGGUGUGCGAAGCCGGAGAAGACUAGGUAGUGCACAUACUUCUCUCCCUGUCUCCUUUCCCUGCCCACCGAAGGAGUGAAUCAGUUCAGCUCGUCUCUUUCGUUAUACUCGUAGUGAUCCUUCGCGUUCUUUCCUCUCAGGUUUAUUUAUAUUAUUGCUUCGCCGCCGAUGAUGUGCGGAUUGGCCUGGGCGAUGACCCCAAGCUUUCUGUGCCAUGUUUGGUGCUUCCUUUAUAAAGCUGGAUUCUUGACUAUUACAAUGCUUAGAUUUUCACCUCGGAAAUAAAAAUAAAAGAAUACUUGAAAACAAAAACAAAGAAGCUAAAGGAUUUUUUUUAUUAAUAUUUUCGGUAUUUUAUGACCAAAAAAAAUGCUCAUUGAUUGCACCCAGGCAUCAAGAAAACACAUGUUAAAAAAAAAAAAAAGUCUUCAAACCAUCGCCUUUUACACAGCGGAACUUAAACCCAGGUUUGACCCAGUCAGUCUCAGGGCAGUUUGUGUCCAGCUCAUCCAGCUGUUCAUCCCCCUUUUCGGGCUGGUCGAUAAAAGGAUACUUGAGAAAACCUGGAGAAGAAAUCUGAAGUAACCCAGAUGUCACACGACCUGAGUCCCGGGUUAGUGCGUUUCUAACCCCCUAGUGGACUAUAGAGAUGGAGGUGCGUGCCGAGGCCAGGCUAACCUUUGCAUAUGUUCUCACUUUACCUUUACCUUUAUUGUCCCGAACAGUUAAAGACUUGAACGGUGCCAAAAUGGAUUUCAAAGUACAAAAAUGGUUCACGCCAUGCAGACAAGUUUACCACGAAAAAGAAAGUCAAACAAAACUGUAACUAGUUUUCAAUAACUCAUGAAACCCACCGUCACAUCAUUUGAGUCGUCACAUACAUAUAACCGAUCAAGAGGUGAUGUCCCGCAACGCUACAACCCAAGAAUCAAGGCAUUGCAAGAACUCUAGUCAUGUUCCGAAGCUGCCGCCUCUCCUCCUUCCCCUUCUCAUUCCUCUCUCUGCCUCUUCUUCCUCUCAGGACACACACCACAUCCCGCGACUCUCUUCUCCGGCUACGCACUCACAUGUUACCUGUUGUUACCCGCAUCCCGCGUCGCCGAGCACCUCACCCAGGCGCCUCCACUCUCCUCGGGCACAAUAACUUGACUCACUUCCUCUACUCCCUCAGUGUAUUGCUCCACGCAGGUAGCGACGCAUUCCCCGCCCCUCCCCGCCAACUCCUACCCGGCCCGUGGCUGCCCAGGGUGUGCUGCAGGGCCGGGCUCAUGGCCCCUCGGUGUUUUGCUCGACCCCACUUGUACUUAAGAGUCUAUACAUAUAAUCUAUUUACAUAUAGAAGACUGAAAUUCUCAUAGGAAGAAAACCCAACAACCUGUGCUGCUUUGUUCUUUAGAAGAUAAGUCACAAAUGUAUGUAUUAUGGAAUAAAUGUUGGAGUUCUGUA